GAACACCUCGUCGCGCCGUUCCGCGACUACUACACCUUCCUCACAACCCUGUACCUCCCCGAGGCGGCCCUGAAACACCCGCCAAAGGGAGGCUGGCCCAACAUCACGCGCGAGACAUGCAGCGGCUUCGGCAAGACGGACAUGGUCAUCGACGUGCUGCGGCACCUCCCCUACAUCGAGGAGCACCGCAACCUCCACAGCGUCGACUUCAACUGCGACGUCCUGGACUACUCGACGGCCACCGGUGAGGACUUU